AUGUCUCGCUCGCCAGCCCAUUUUGAGCGCACCCUUGUAGAUCUGGAGGAUUGGGUCAACAAGACUGCCAUCGAGGACUGCAAAGUAGAUGCCUGCGUUGAUAGGUUCCUUGUCCGUGUUUAUCGGCUCAACCGUUCCAUCCUGAAUCAGUUGAAAUCUGGAUCAUACUAUGCCUUUGGAAGAAGAGCUCCCAAUAAACACCCAAAGCCAUUGGAAUGGACUGGGGAGGGUGCCGAGGAGCUGCGGGAAAUUGCCUCUGAACUCAGAGACAAUUUGAAUCGCCUUCUUCCGGGCUACGUCGAGGAAAGCACUGAUGUCCUUAGAAACGAGAAAGUUCUUCGAAGAAUCAAUAGCCGAUGGGAGUCUGUCGGCUCCAGGGUAGCCUGUGACCGGGAAUAUCUGCAGCAAACCUCAGACAAAGAUAGUCUCGAUGAAGUUGAUGAGGACCCGGAGGAUAUGGAGACAGAUGAUAUGGAAACUGAGGGUACCGACGCAGAAGAUACUGAAUCUGAGGAUAGACCAAAACAGGAAUCCAAGGGAGACGUGCGUGAGACAAAGGGCCUUGCAACCCCUGAACCUGGUUUCAUGGAUCGAAUCCUAGAUACCUUGAGUGCGGCACGCGUGGCAACAGCGGAAGAGAAGAGUACCACCGGAUCUUCGUCCUUAGCGACUGCUGCCUUUACGCAGGCAUGCCAGCAGUUGAGAGAGGCAAUUGAGAGCGAAACCUCGUCUGCCUUGUUUACAUGUGGAGGCAACAUCCCGAUUGCGAAUCCCAACGGCUCUGAGCAAGCAGCAGCUGGACCUACUUCACCCCGUGUGCAUGUGGUUCACUGGGGUGCCGAGCACGACUCCACCGCACAAAAGCUCACACUUCCAGUGCUGAGUGAGACCAGUGAUGGGAAGCUUGACCCCGACCGAUUUUUGACGAGCUUCCACCCAGCCGACUUUGGCAUAAUUGAGCUCAUCGAGCAAAUCCUUCUGCCUGGUAUCAGCAGUGAGACCGAGAAUCGAUUGCAAUUCCGCAAGCUGAAGGCUGAGUUGUAUAAAUUGAAUGUAUACUCGGGCCCUUCUGGGCAUUUCCGAAAGCAUGUUGACACGCCACGCUCGGAGCACCAGAUUGGAUCACUCGUGGUUUGUCUGCCAUGCCAAUUCGAGGGAGGCAACCUGACUGUGCAGCAUCACGGGCAGAUGGCCAAGUUUGAAUGGAGCCGACAAAGUAGCUCUAGUAUCCAAUGGGCAGCCUUCUACUCGGAUUGCGAGCAUGAAAUCGAGACGAUCAGAGCGGGCCAUCGGAUCACGCUCACAUACAACCUAUAUGUACGGGAAAUGCCCGGUGCCAUACUCGCUCCCAUCCGUCCCGUGCUUGAUCCACACACUCUCCCACUUUAUGGGUUGAUUGAAAGUCUACUCAUCACCCCUGGAUUCAUGAAAGAUGGCGGCGUGUUUGGAGUCCACUGCUCCCAUGCCUAUCCCCAUUCUUCGGAUAUAGCCGGGCUCCAGCUCCCGCGUUCAUUGAAGGGCGCCGACCUUGUCGUCUAUGCGGUUUUUGAAGCACUUGGUAUGGAUGUCAGCAUCCUUCCGGUUCUGGAAUAUGAUGAAGACUAUGAAGAUAAUGGAGCACCCUACUUCGCCGACUCUGAACAGGACUCGGGCUCUGAGCAAGACUCAGAUUCUGGGCCUGGGUGGUACCACAGAAAAUACCGGCGUUCUGUUCCGGAAAAUUACCUGGCAAAGGGCAAAGAGUCUUCCCUCAGGUAUAGCGAAGUGUACCCUUGGAAGUCUAGUAGUGCACUUCUUGAUGUGGACCAGCACUGGAAGCGUUUGUUGUUGACACGCGAAGUGGUUGAUGUGAUAGAAGCCUUCUCGUUUGGAGAAAAGCACCACCUGCCAAAGAAGCCGAACAGCCUCUACGAGGAAUGGGGUGUCCGUGUGGCUCCGCGUCUCCAAAGGUACAUUAUGUCUGAUCGCGGACAGGAGGAGGACCUCAAAGAGGUGACCAACGAUGUCUGGCCGUCAUACUACCUCCCCGGCAUUACCUGGCUUGGCGAAGCCAAGCAUAAGGAGAUGGCAUUUUCUCACAUAUCUUAUGGCAAUGAGGCUAGUAUCGGCACUCGUUAUUCCUGUGCAGUGAUCUUGGCCGUUAUUCCGCCCUUCAGUCAACGCGGCCAAAGCGGAAAGAUGAAGUAG